CAUGUUAACUAGAAUCAUUUUCCUCAUCGCCGUCGUCGCAUCUAUCAUCGUCGUCCUUCUACUCGCAUUAUUCUCACCCGUUCCGGAUUACGACCCACCAGAAUCACUCUUCUCCUUCUCACUCUAUGUUCAACAAGCCCACAUCCCAUCGUCAUCCUACUCCUCUCGCCGGUCCACGCAACGCAUGGCUCGGACCCACCACGGAGGAGGAGGAGGAGCAUUGAUUUUCCGGCGUACGCUCACGGAAGGAGCCGAUAACAAUUCUCGGAUCGUGGGAAAAGCUGAGGGAUUUGUAAUCCCACAUGAAGACUUUGCUACCUCGAAUUUUAACGUGAUAUAUUUGACGUUGGAGACUCCUGAGUACACGGGAAGUGUCAGCAUUAGGAGCAGAGACAUGGCACAUAAAUUAGAAGAGGUCAUGGAGGUUGUUGGAGGGACAGGAGCUUUUGCUUUUGCUCGUGGAAUCGCCAUAUUUGCUAAAAUUUAUUAUGAAGAAGAAUCUGUAACAACUUACCGUGUUAAACUUCUUCUUAGAUUUCCACAUACUUCUCACAUAGAUCCACAAUGA